CUUACCUCUUACCCUCGACGACCAUGCCAGUUCUGUGAAUGGGAUUUAUUAUACUUGGUCUUCGAAUUUUCGUCACACUUGUCGUCAUGAUCAUUGACGAUGUCUAGCCAGUGCAAGCCGAACCGGGCACAGUUGAAGAGACGUUGAAAGUUUACACUCGUUUCUACUUGUAUUGUCUCAACUCACUGCGACACUACAGAAACUGCAGGACGUGUAAAUGCUCUAAACCAAUCACAAUUUUCAGAUGGUGGAAAAGAGGGAGUGUAAUCAGAAGUCAGCUUCAAUCCGCUUCAGCUAUCAACUGGUAUACUUCGGCGGGGGAAUAAACGCAAGAUGAUCAGGAUUAACAUAUACUCGAACCUCGUCGACAUGGACCACUCGGAUGCCUUUAGAUCGAUGUCGCUGUGUGAUAGCGCGCAAAAUCUAUACCAAGGUCGGAGAUAACAAUAACAGAACAUUUACUUUAUUCUCUUAUUGUGGUCAUGGUCCAAGCUUCAAGCCAAAGCGUUGCCACAAAGACACAUAUAUAAGAGAUCGGAUUCUCCGAGGACUCCGGCCUCUUCACAUCCCUCAGAAUCAUUUCUGCCACCAUGUCCAAUCCAAAUCGUUUCGCAAGCUCUACUUCACUAUGGGACCUUCACGAUGCCCCGCGAAUGUCAAGACCAAGCUCGUUCGAUGAACACCAACACCUCGCAUUUCAUCAUCUACAGCAGGCGCAGUUUCUGUUCGCGACACUGCUAAAGGAUUACCCUGACGAGGUAUCUUCACCUGUCAAGGCACUUGUAAAAGACGUCCUUGGAGAAAUCCCUCUCGAAAUACAGUCCAUUCAACCAUACAUGGCAAAGCUGUUAUACAAAAUGGUCCACAAAGCAUGGCGAGUGAAUCAGAGAGUGUGUAGGGGCCCCUUUUCAACUCACGCCACCUUUAAUAGCGUCCAUCCCAUAAAGGUUAUUGAAUGCAUAAACCCUGGUGCACCCUCUUCCUCUCCCGUUGUUGCGCAACGCGGUGGGGCCCAGUACGAGGAGAUAGAACAAUUGGGAAUACCUGGAUCCAACAACUUUCCACACGAAGGACGCCCCGUUACUCUCACUCGACGAAAGGAGAAGUCGAUCCCUGGCAGGCCCUUGGUUGACCUCCCCUUCGUUGUCAAGUUUACUCCAGAUCCUGGUGUCUGUCCUGAACAAGAACCUGUUGAGCUACGUGUCAAGCUUACAGAAAGUUCCAACCCCACACGUGCCACCACGCCAAAUGUGGUUUCAGUCACCUCUGUAGACGCUUCCACUUCUUCCAAUCCUUCUACUGCCGGCCCCUCAGAGACUGCGGCUCGGAGAGGCUCCGCUUCGACUUCACACCAUAGUUCGGCAAAGGCUGAUGGUGAUCAAGAAACGAAACAGAAAUCAAGUACAGCUCACGUCUGGAAGAACCCCGGCUGGCACGAACUUGUACGCAAACUUCCUGACCUCAGAUAUACACUUACCCCUCCUCCCGAAUCGGAUCGUGCGUCUAUACCUCCUGACGUACUUCCAGGCAAUGAGCACCUUCCUCCUCCGCGUCCGAGAGAGGGACGUCCUCUACGCCGCGAGAACGCGUUUUCUGGUCCCUCUCACCCUGAAAUCUUCUGGGACAAGUCGUGGGGUCCAAAGCCAUCGACUUCCCGGGCUGUCACAGGGGUUGGUCAGUCCAGGAAUAAGCUCCCUUCUCUGAAUUUUGGCAAUAGUCGAGGAAAAGAGAGCAGGCGUUUGAAUUCAGAGGUCGAGAGGUGUCUGACGGAGAGGGGCGAGGAUCGACAUUCCAGCGCUAGUGGCACGCCAACGAUGACAAUGACGAUGGAGGUGGAUGGUAUCUCAGACAUUGGCAUUUCCGGAUCUUCACCAGAACCUUCGGCGUCAAUAUCACGAGGCCCUUCUCCGUGCCCCAGCCCCACGGCGGACGCCAGAACCUCAUCCAAUCUACGGGGCACGCUGAGAAGGGGUCUGAAUGUCGCUUACAAAGCAUUUGGACUAGAGACUAGAUAACUUAGAACCCGUUGUCCGUGUCUAUCGGGAUCGCUUUCAAUUUUCAUUUGUACGUC